AUGACCUCUACAAUUGCUCCUGACUUAAUAGUGUAUUCAAAUUAUGGAAGUCAACGGUUUUUUGGUGAUACAACCCUAAUAGCAUUUAUUGUUGGUGGAACUACACUACUCAUUGUGGCUAUUCUGGGACUCUUGAUUUAUCUGAAGAAAUGCCAGGAGAUCUUCUCUUCACACAAAUGUGACGAGAAAACAUCAGAAACAGGAAAAAUAGAAGAUUUGGAUCGGGGAGCAGUUCCUAUGAAAUAUGACAACAUUGAAAGUGGCAUUGCCUCAGCAAAUCUCCAAGAAGCAGUCUAUAUUGCCACUCCAAUGCGUGUUUCUCUGGGACAGAGACAAGAUAUCAGUCCUUAUGCAACAUUCCGUGUCCCUGUUCUGGGAGAUGCAGAUCAUUUGGAUGCUAUAGACAAUGUUGAAUCACACAGGACUUCCAGCUGUCUCCAGUACAGUGAAAAGCCACAUCAUUCAUCAACAUUUGGAAGCUGUCCUGAAUCACCAUAUCCAAAGAUACACAAGAAACCUCAUUAUGAGAAUGAAACAUGUGAUUGGAUUCCACUACACAACCUAUAUCAGGCUCACAGGUAUUGACUUCCAGAAGCUUAUGUGUACAAAGUUGAAUCCACAGUUACUUGGAAAAUUAUUUGCAGAAUUGUAACCAGUUGAAGAACAAUGUUAAAAGAACAUUUUUAAUGAACUUUACAACUUAAGUGCCUUUGAACCAGUGAUUGUUCACAAGUUAAAAAAAAUAUUUUUGAUGUUUCUCCCUGUCCUCAGGUAACCGAUUAAAAUAUUUUUUGAAACUAAUACUGUAUUAUGAAUAUUUAAGUCUGACAAUAAUAUUUGUGUCCAUCUUCAACAUAAAACAAUGAACAUGACUCAUAGGAAAUUGUGUAGUGCCCUCUGUAGUUACUUACAGCCUAUUGGUGUCAGUAUAUGUGUUAAAGCAGCUCAGGUUAUAUACAUAUUUUAAAAAUGUAUCAGGUUCAAACCAAAAGAGUGGUGAGAAAAAUUAAUCUGCAGUGUAAUUGUUUAGUUUUUUUGCUUCUUAGGUGAAAACAACAAAGUUGAGCAUUAUGUCAGACAAAAUAAAAUUAUUUUAAGUGACAGUCGGGUGUGACAUAUAUUCCCAUACCCUACCAUGUUGCCACCUCCUCCAUAUUCUGUGUGGCCUUCCAUCAACUUCCCCUGACUUGCCCCCAUCAUCCUAGGUCACUGCUUGUGUAAUUUAUACAGCAGCAUCAGAAGUAUGAAAACUUCAGUAUGUCAGUCCUCUGUUA